AUGGGCAUUAAACAUGGGGUAGCCCGCGUUCAUCGUAAGCUGACCACCAAGCACGGCUGGCUGGGUAACUACAAUUAUACUUGGCUCUGUACCCCUACUCUUCCUUUUUCCAUCGGUGGACGCAAAAGCAUGAGGCCACGGGCCCCGCCGUUUUACGCUCUCGACGCAGAGCUUCCUUUGGUGCUUGCGAUGGCAUGCGGUCUGCAGCACUCACUUGCGAUGCUUGCUGGGCUGAUUACACCACCCAUCAUAUUUGCAAGCUCUCUUGCUCUCGACGGCGAGACUUCGGCGUACAUGAUUUCUGCAUCUCUCAUAGGAUGUGGGAUACUCAGUCUUGUCCAAAUGUCCCGUAUGAAGCUCUUCAAAGGUUAUUAUCUCGGUACUGGGCUACUCUCUGUCGUAGGCACCAGCUUUGCUACCCUUAGCACGGCAGAUGCAAUUUUUUCAGCAAUGUACAGCAAUGGAACAUGCCCCUCUACAACAGCUUCUGAUGGUACAAUGAUUCGCGGGGCUUGUCCUGACGCGUACGGGAUGGUACUAGGCACAUCUCUCAUCUGUUCUCUCCUCGAAGUCGGCUUGUCUUUCGUCCCUCCGCGAAUUUUACAACGCAUCUUUCCCCCAAUGGUUACUGGAACAGUCAUUCUGAUGAUUGGCGCAUCGCUAGUCGGAUCUUCUGGUAUCCCAGACUGGGGAGGUGGGUCAAAUGGCUGCCAGUCACGCCCUACUAGUGGAAUAUAUAUGCUUUGUCCAAGUACACAGGCGCCAAAAGCUCUCCCGUGGGGAUCCCCUGAAUUUAUCGGCCUUGGAUUCCUAUCCUUCAUCAGUAUCAUCUUGACAGAACUCUUUGGUUCGCCUUUUUUGAAGAACGCAAGUAUUAUCGUCGGGCUCGCUGUGGGAUGCGUUGUCUCAGGUGCCACGGGGUAUAUUGAUGGGAGCAGUAUCACUACAGCGCCCGUAGUUACAUUUCUUUGGGUCCAUCGGUUUAAAAUAGGAGUAUAUCCCCCCGCUAUAUUACCCAUGCUGGCGGUCUAUGUUUCUACAACGAUGGAGGCUAUUGGAGACAUCACAGCAUCCGCCGAGGUCUCUCGCGUUGAGGUCGAUGGAGAAGACUUUGAUUCAAGAAUUCAAGGUGGUGUCCUCAGUGAUGGUUUAGGCGGGUUUAUAUCUGCACUAUUUACUGUGACUCCAUUGUCGAUAUUUGCACAGAAUAACGGCGUUAUCGCUAUCACACGCUGCGCAAACCGUUCUGCUGGACGAUGGUGCUGUGUCUUUCUGAUAAUGUUCGGUGUGUUAGGCAAGAUCUCAGGCUUUUUCCUUGCUAUCCCAAAUCCCGUUCUUGGAGGAGUUACGACGUUCUUAUUUGCCAGCGUUGCGGUUUCUGGUAUUCGCGUGCUUUCUUACGUGCGGUUCACACGGCGGGAUCGCUUCGUCCUUGCUGCCGCAUUGUCGUUCGGCAUAGGCGACCUCAUCGUACCUGACGUUUUCACUUAUCUUUUUGAUGGUGUGCAAAAUGCAAACGUUGGCCUACAAGGGCUUUUUGAGUCUAUAACGAUUGUGCUAAGCACGCCUUUCUUGGUUUCUGGUAUUGUGGCCGUAAUACUUAACCUCAUAUUACCCCAAGAGGGCGAGGAGCCAGAGGAAGUUCCAGAGGUCCUGGAGACCGACGUGGAAGUCCAAGCACGAGAACCAAAGCCUGAAGAAUCCCAGUGA